AUGAAUCUGGCACCGUCCACCGUGACUGCAUUCGUGACAGAUAUUAUGCGAGAGUCUCAAACUGUUACCGAAACUUCCAUUAUUGGAGUGCAGACUGUCUAUGUCACCCAAUUUCUCACGACAUAUUUGACCAGCACUGCCACCCAGGCUGCCACCACGUUGAGUUCUGAUGUGGUUGUCUACGAGACCUCUAGCACAGUGAUCCAUUGGCCUGAGGUGGACGACACCUCCACUAGCGAGAUCACCGUCGUUCAGACCAUCACAGGCUCCGAAGCUACGACAAUCAACGAGACAAUCACCCAGUCGGCGGAUAUCACUACAACAGAAACAGGGUAUACCCUUGUAGGUGCCUAUGCGUUUGGUGAGUGGGACAAUGCAGGCGGCUGUCAACCUCUUCACCAGAUUUGCCACGAUGAUUAA